AUGAGGAGGAUAAAUAUAAAUUGGAAGAAGAUUUUCAUCAAGAGUUUUUUGAGCUCAAUCUCACUUGCUUUGAUCGUUGGAUUAUGCGCUUUUGGCGGCUAUUUAAACCGCCUUCGUGGAGGACUCUGGCCCCAUCGCCCCGAUGACAAGCCAGAAGACUACUGGUUCAACCACAUUCUUCCUCGAUUUGUGGUCGGAGCUGGAGCGAGUUUUAUUUCAAUUAUUUAUCUAGACUACAGAGUUUCUAUCGCUCUUCUUUUUCAAAUCUGGUUUGGCUGCUACUCGGGCUGGGGAUGCUGGUUUUUCAUCGAGAGCACGCACCCAUGCGGCCGAGCUUCAGAGUUCGACUGGCUACUCGGCCGUCAAGAUGUAGAAAACUGGACUCUUUCCAGACGAGUUGUUCUGGACUACGCGGGCAUGGGAGUUCGCGGACUCCAGUGGACAGCGCCAGCUGGCUAUUUCAUGUGGCAGCGAGGAUUCGGAUCUCUUUUCCUCGUUGGUGGCUCUCUCAUGGCGCCAGUUUAUUUUCUCACUCAACAAGGGCCCAUCGGCGGGACGGAAAUUUCAGAAUGGACUUGGGGUGGAUUUUUAUGGGCGUUUAUCAUUUUCGGUUAUAUACGAAACGUCUCCCUUUUUGGCACUCCUUCUAAAUACCAACUUUCAACAGUCGAAUUCAGAAGACGAGAUAUUCACCGAACCGCACUCGAUUUCACAUUCGGCCGGUUUUACAGAACCUGUCGAAGAGAGUUCAAAACCAUCAGGAGAAUUUACAAGGUUUUUAAUACUACGCUUGUCUAUAGUUUGUGUCUCAUUUUCACCGCUUCGACGAUGUUUUACGGUCUGAUUGUACAGGAGGAUAUGCGCAACAAGGGCCAAACGCUUUUUGGAAUUCUUACUUCGUCGAUUUUCCUUCUUGCUGUCGUGGUACACUACGAGUCAAAGGACUAUUACAUCAGAAAAAUUCAUGCAAAGAUCACUCCCUCUCGCUCCAGAAGCAGUACGGACUCAUCAUCAGUAUCCGAAAAUUCUGGCGUUUCAAUAAGGACGAGGAAUUUUAAGGAAAGUGGGACGAGUAUGAUUCGAAGAAUAGAUCCAACUGCACAGAUGUACGAUACAGUCAGUUUCGCGAGUGAAGAAGAACUGAUGGCUGAGCCUGUUCAAAGCGGAUUCAUUGUUUCCCUCCAUAAUUUUCUUUGGCAAUGGACAUUUCCUGGUGUUUUCCUCGUUUUUGAAGCUUUUCUCCGAUUUGCGUCGAUUGUGAAUAUUGUUUUGAUUCUUGGGUUCACUCUGUUUUCAUUCGUCAAGAAUAUUCAUACUGAUAGACUUCUCAUUUCCGGCUGUCCAGCAAAAUAA